GAGCACUCAGGUUGAAAGCUAAGCCUAUGGGUGAUUCGAGAUCAUCUAAACUAAGGCGGCUAGCUCGACGUAGAUCGUAUGUGCCUAGAUGGCCGUACAAAGCAAACUACUCUAACCGGAAUGUCAAGGGCCCCUUCUGGGAAGGUCUUUGGCCUGCAUUGGCCCUAAACGCUUUGGCUAGGUCAAAGGCACCACGUUUCUUCAAAUGUCCACCUAUAAAUGACGAUAUCUAAUUCUCCCAUUGCCACAUCUCAUUGCUCACUGUAUAUCUCUCGUCAUUAUGUGUGAACCCAACUUCGCUGGCGUUCUUAGGCUCACAUUUCAAGAUGGUCCUGGAACCACAGUUUUCGAACUGACUGCCUCUAACGGGAGUCCCAAUUACGCUAUCGCUGUCCAACCUCUCUUACGAUUAGACACCGACCAUGCCGAUGACCACCUUCUUUUCGGUUGGUCUUCUAAAUCCCAAAAACGCGUCAUCCUAUGCUCCGUCACAAGUUUUAACCGUAUCCCGGCUGCUCAACAUACGGAACAACCUACGCAUGUGGCUACCAAGUGGGCGCGUGGUUUUGCUGGGAUACGCAAUCUGCAACACGAGCUUGACAUCUACCAGGACCACCUCAGAGAUCUGCAAGGCGUAUGUGUGCCUAGAUGCUUUGGUCUUUACACUGGCAAGGCCGAAGGUAACGACGUUGGGUGCCUGGUCCUGGAAUGGUGUGCUGGCAAGAAACCAGUUGAUGAACAUGAAGUCAUUCGUCAGGUCAUGACAGCCAUAACUGCUAUCCACAAAGUCGGGAUCAUUCACAACGACCUCCCCAACCCCCAGCACGUCGCUGCAGGCAACAACAAUAAGAUACAUAUAUUGGACUUCUCAAAGGCAAAUACACACGAAUGUCCUGGGGCGCUACCCAAAACAUUCAAUGGCGACCACUUGGAUGGACUUCCGCCUCCUGGAUGUCCUGAGCUAGAUGCAAUGGAGGACGCUUUCACUUCUGACUUGCCUGAGUAUACUUUACGUGUUAUCUCUCGCAAUAGGGGAUGGCCUAGGACCGAGGAAGACGAUCAACAUCGUACGAAUGGGCACCAACGUAUCAAGGAUUCUCAACCUAUACCGAACGAGGUUCAACCGACUCCUUGGGGUGUUUGCUACACUCAGUGAUCUGGCAUUACUUGACGACUGCUCUCCUUUACUCGUGUUUUCUUCUCCUGUGCUAUUACAUAUGGUCUGGCUUCGACGCUAUCAAUAUACUUUGUCAGUCUUU